AUGCGGAAGAAAGAUUUUCCGCAACAUGACUGCAGAGAUAGUACUAAAUUUGUUGCUGGAGAUAGUUUUGUUAAUGGAGGGUUCAGAAAUUGGAAUAUGAAAGCGAGAUUUCGUAAGCAUGCUGGUGAGCUUAUUGGUUCUUGUGCUCGUGAAACAACAAAAUUUGUCAUAGAGGAACUUCAUGAUGAGUGUUUCGCAAUUCUUGCUGAUGAAUCUAGUGAUGUAUACCAACAAGAACAAUUAGCUCUUUGCUUGCGAUUUGUCAAUAAAAUAGGGGAGCCGGUUGAAAGGUUUCUUGGUCUUGCUCAAGUUGCGGAUACUACAUCAUUAACUCUUAAAGAAGCAAUUCAGACCUUGCUUAUGAAGUAUCAAUUGCCGAUAUCCAAGCUACGUGGGCAAGGGUAUGACAGUGCUAGUAACAUGAAGGGUCAUGUUAAUGGUUUGAAGAAACUAAUUAUGGAAGAUUCUCCUUCUGCUUAUUAUGUUCAUUGCUUGGCCUAUCAGCUUCAACUAACCCUUGUAGCUGUUGCUAAGGAGAAUAUUGAUUGCAAAUGGUUCUUUGGGCACCUUGUAGAUUUGUUGAAUGUUCUUGGGAUGUCAUGUAAAAAGAUCUGCAUGCUUCACGUAGCUCAGGCUGAGUAUAUGAUUGAAGCAUUGAAGCAAGGUGAAAUUGAAGCUGGCCAAGGUUUGAAUCAAGAGAUGGGCCUAGCAAGGCCCGGUGAUACACGCUGGCGAUCUCACUACAAAACGGUAAUGCAUGUUAUGUCUUUGUAUCCUUCAAUCAUGAAAGUUCUCUUUAGGCUCGGGAAAGAAAGUAAUUCGGCAGAGGCUUUAGGAGCUCAAACAAUGUUGGAAGUAUUUAAAUCAUUUUUGUUUGUUUUCAUGCUGCACUUGAUGAAUGAAAUAUUUGGGUACACAAGUGACUUAAGCAACGCUUUGCAAAAGAGCGAUCAAGAUAUUGUGAAUGCAGUUGAUCUUCUUGAGUUCACAAAGGUACAACUGCAAGUUCUAAGAGAAGAUGAUGGAUGGAAUGAAUUCCUUGAGAAGUCACUUCUUUUUGUGUGA